CAGAGGGAGAGGAAGAUUCAGUGGGAAGGAGCCUGCAAUCAAUUUUCUUCUCUCAUUUCUCUCUUAAAUACGAUAUAACGCCGUGUUGGGCAUUGCAGGAUUUCUCAUACUGAUCCCUAUAUCUGGAUUCUCAUCAUGUACGGGUUCGUCAACUACGCCAUCGAGCAGCUGGUGGUGAGGAACUUCGGUGAUGAGACCUGGGAAGACAUAAAGCGCGAGGCGGAGGUUCACAUGGACGGGUCUUUCCUGGUGAGACUGACGUACGACGACGAAAUUACGUACAACGUGGUGGCAGCUGCAGAGCGCGUUUUGGGAGUGCCAGCCAACGCGAUCCUCGAGAUGUUUGGGAAGAUGUUUUUCCAGUUCUGCCAAGAGUCAGGAUACGACACCAUCCUGCAGGUCCUCGGCGCCACCGUCAGCGGGUUCCUUCAGAACCUGGACGCAUUGCACGAUCACUUGCAACUCAUCUACCCGGGCAUGAAAGCGCCCAGUUUCCGUUGCACGCAGAGGGACGAAGACGGCGCCCUCGUCCUCCACUACUACUCGGAUCGGCCUGGGCUCGAGUACAUCGUCAUCGGCAUCGUUAAGGUCCGACCGCACAUGGGACUGACCUUCGACAACAUCUUGUCUCACAUCAACACCAUUUACGUCCUGAGAACAAGGGAAGCACUCAUCACCACCCGAGGCGACAACCGCGACUUAGGCUCCGACCAGGGCUGCCUCAGACUCAAGGGCCAGAUGAUCUACCUUCCCGAGACGGAGCUGAUGCUGUACGUGUGCUCGCCCUCCGUCCUCAACCUGGACGACCUCUACCGCAAGGGCCUCUAUCUCUCGGACAUCCCCCUCCACGACGCCACUCGAGACCUCGUCCUCCUCAGCGAGAAGUUCGAGGCCGAGUACAACCUCACGACGAACUUGGAGAUUUUGACCGAUAAGCUUCAGCACACUUACCGCGAGCUGGAGAGCGAGAGACAGAAAACGGAUAAGCUCUUGUAUUCAGUCCUGCCCAUCAGUAUUGCCAACGAGCUCAGACACAAGCGCCCCGUUCUCCCACGCAGAUACGAGGUGGUAACACUGCUCUUUUCCGGAAUCGUCGGCUUCUCAGACUACUGCUCGAGACACACGGACAUCGCGGGCGCCUCGAAGAUCGUCAAGAUGCUCAACGAUCUCUACACGGCCUUCGACUGCCUCACGGACGAGAAGAAAAAUCCGAACGUCUAUAAGGUGGAGACCGUAGGUGAUAAGUACAUGGCCGUCAGCGGACUCCCGGAGACCUGCGACCACCACGCGCGCUGCAUCUCCAACCUCGCCCUCGACAUGAUGGACAAGGCCGAGGGCGUCAUUGUGGGCGGCCAGACAGUGCGCAUCACAAUCGGCAUCCACUCGGGGGAGGCGGUGACGGGCGUGAUCGGGCAGAGGAUGCCUCGAUACUGUCUCUUCGGCAACACCGUCAACAUCACCUCCAGGACAGAGACGACGGGCGAGAAGGGCAGGAUCAAUGUUUCUGAAGUGGCUUAUAAAUACCUCCAGGAGCCCCAGAACUACGACGCAGAAUUCGUGUUCACGUACCGGGGCCCCGUGCCGAUGAAGGGGCGCAAGGAACCCAUGCAAGUGUGGUUCCUCAACAGGAGAAAACCCGGCGCCGACGCAGGGGCUCAGCAAUAGAGAUUUAGUUUUAGAUGUGGAGCUUGAUAGAGAUUGAGCUUAGGAAAAAUUAGGUAGUCUCCUGAGAGAGAGAGAGAGAGAGAGAGAGAGAGAGAGAGAGAGAGA